AUGGAACCGGCCCCUAAGCUGAAAAAAGCAGCACAGAAGAAGGAGGCACCACGGGGAAACCGUCAGAAGUCCAAUGACCUGAUGCAGAGGCUGGAGAUAGCAACUAUACUGCUGGAAUUUGCACAGCAAGUCCCUGACCUGGUCCCAGAGGCUGGAUGCAACAUCAACAUCCAGCAGCAACUUCAGCAGAUAAAAAAAUUCAGCUCCAAAGGGAACCAAACCAGCUCCGGUCCAAAGCAAGGAACCUUUGUGAUAGCACGCGCCUUUCAAGAGGCACCCAGUGACCAUGGAUACUGCAAGAAGUACCGCUGCAUUGAGAAACAUGGCCAGAAAAGGAAACACCUUAACUCUCUGGACUCUGGCCCAGUGAUGGGCCCUGAGUGGACAUCAGCUAGAGAUAGGGAGGACAUGUUCUUUCCUCUCCUGGAUGAUUCCUCUCUCAUGGCAGAGGCCAAAGAGAGAAAAAGGAGGGAGAUGAUUCAGAGGAGCAGCUUUCGGCAAAUGGCCGAGCCUGUGGAGGAGCGCUACAUGAAAAACGCUGCGGUUCUCCCUGACUUCCGCCCACUGCCGUCUGUGGCCCCCACCUCAACCCAGAGCAGCUCUCUUCACUCCGCAGCCCCGAGUGAGCCUCUGAUGAUCCAUGGCCACUCUGUGGAGGACUAUCAGGCCAUCUACCACACAGUGGUAGACCCAAUGCUGAAAACCAAGUCUGGGAACACCCGCCAGUACAACAUCCCGAUGGCCCGCUCCAUCAAGCAGCGUCUCUGGGAGAGGAUGUCCUGCCCCACCUUUGAGGAGACGGUGGACGAAGAUGGACGGGUGCACGUCACUGAGUCCUUCAGUACCCCCACCCUGAAGUCCUACGCUCCACAGAUCGACGUGGACAUCAGUGGGGAGCCCCAGCCAUGGCUACCAAAGAGGAAGAGGGCCAGGCGCUGA